AUGACGGCGUCAGAAACGCCUGAAGAAUAUGAAGCCAGGUUAACAAAGCAACGUGAGCGAUACACACAGAUGAUAGCGUCAGAAACGCCUGAAGAAUAUGAAGCCAGGUUAACAAAACAACGGGAGCGAUACACACAGAUGAUAGCGUCAGAAACGCCUGAAGAAUAUGAAGCCAGGUUAACAAAACAACGGGAGCGAUAUACACAGAUGGUAGCGUCAGAAACGCCUGAAGAAUAUGAAGUUAGAUUAAUACAAAGCCGUGAAAGACAAAGACAGCAGUUGAGUUCAGAAACGCCUGAACAUCGCGAUAUGAGGUUAAAUAAACAACGAGAGCGUACCCAGCAAUGCAGAGCUAAUAAUCUGCAGGCAUUCGAGAAUGCUAUUAACACAAUUUCUAUACAUGUUUGUGAUAUUUGUAUCAAACGUUGUUAUCCUAAUCAAGUUCGUACAGUUCGGUACAACGCUGCUGCAUUAACAUACUCACCUGUGGAGUUAACUUCGAAAAUAUCAUUGUUAUUAUGUUCCCGCUGUCAAACACAUGUUACUAGUAAUAAAACAACAGCACCACCAAAAGCUUACUGGAAUAAUCUGGAUCCAGGUUCUAUACCAGACGUUAUUCAAACAUUGACACAGGCGGAACAACGUUUGCUGUGCAGAAUAAUUCCCUUUGUUAAAAUCGUGAAAUUUAGUGGCCUCUAUGGGCAGUACGGUUUUCGCGGACAGGCAGUUUUAUUUGCCCAAGAUAUCUUUGAAGUCAGUGAAAGACUGCCUGGUAUGCUACCAAGAUCUGCAAGCCAGGUAGGCAUUAUUGUAGUAACCGAACGAUUAGAAAAUUUGAACAUCACCAGGGAAUUCACAAUAUGUCGCGAAAAAGUCUAUAGUGCUUUAAGAUGGUUAAUCAGAAAUAACCCGCUUUACAAAGAUGUACGUAUUGACGACAAUGCCCAAAUUAGUGACCAGGAGUUAGUACGACUUAGUGUGCCCGAAUUGUCUGAAGAUGAAGCGUCCAAAAGGAAUGAAAAUGAAAUUCGAAAUGCAUUCAUUCCAAUUAAUAAUGUUGCAAGAAUUAUUCGAGCUUCAUGGCAUCAAGGUGACUACAACGUCUUUACUUCGCGAUAUGCUGGUGUACAAUGUAGUGCUAUGUCGUUGGCGAACAUUGUCCGAGCUGCAAUCCUAAGCCCUAAUCAAUGGGACGUCAAUAUUCUGAAUGCUAAUAUGUUAGCGGGUGACUCCUUAUAUUGCUGGAUUCGUACCCAGCUUGAUCCUACUGAACUGGAUGAAACAGGAUAUUUAGAGAUACGAAACUUUCAUAUCGUCAGGCAAAGUUUACAAAUGUAUGAAUGCCGAUUUUCUAUAGAAUAUGAUGAAGACACUCUUUUAUUCGGGAGUCUCCAAGAGUCUGUAAAUACCAAUAAUAUCGGCAUUACAUUACAUAUAGCUUUAAAUAGAUUAUUUGAUAGUCGUUCUUCAGGAAUAUUGACAGCGUCAAAUAAAUCUGUUAGCGUAUUUCGCGGUGAAGACAAAUACUAUUUUGCUGACUCCCAUUCUUGUGGCCCAAAAGGAAAACCAACACCAGAAAAUGGCAAAGCCUGUGUUAUAGAAUGCGACAACUUACAAGAACUGUGCCGCAUCUGUAAAAGAUGCCUCGGAUCCCGUAAUAUCGCGUACACCCUUACACGCGUAGACGUACAUUUGAGGGAAAAUAUUAUCACUCGUCAGGGUGUUCAAGUACAGCAACAGGAAGAUGCCAUCAGGAUGUACAAGUACAACAACCGCUUUCGAAUCUGA